UUCCACUGAGUGACUGGACUGAUGGUGAGGUGGUUACUAUAGCAGCGGUUGGGUGAUUGCUAUAGCAGCGGUUAAGUGUUGGCUAUUAGCAGAGGUUAGGUAGUUGCAGCCUAUAGCAGCAGUUAGGUGGUUGUUAUAGCAGCGGUUAGGCGUCCGAAACAAAGCAUGAGAGACAACAUGACCGACGACAGCGCUGAUUCACUCAAUGAUGUCGUCACGCAAUUUACCUCUUACGAAGACUUUCUGGAUUCCAAAAUAACAGCUUCUGCUCUGUACUACCUAGAGGAUGAAGAGCUGGCCAGGCAGCUGGUGGAGUUAGGCCAAUGGGGCACCGUUCUCACGCGCGAGGAGUUUCAGUCCCGCAAAGUUUCUCCAUCGCUGAGGAACCAGCACCGGACACUGGCAAGUGCAGGAAAAGAACUGAAAGACAAUUUCCUGAAAGCUCUGGCAGAGAGAGAGGAGAACAAUCGCAAUGGAAUAUUGACUUCCAUUAUUUUCAUAAGGGACCGAAACGCUGGCGUGCAGGAAGUCUCGGGCUAUAUAGACUACGCCCACAGACUGCAAACCGAGGACUUUGAAGCGUACUUCAGCGGAAAGAAGAGACUGAUGCCAAGACGGUCCGACUUGAGCUUCUACAACUGGAGGACCCAAAUGUCCACAUCUCACAGCAGUCCAAACUAUGAAGUGAUCACAGACCAGCCCUCAGGCCUGGUCUUCCAGAACAAGACGGACCGCAAGGUCCUGGAGCUCAACCCAUGGGAGAAGGCCAUUUAAGCUACACUGGCGGCAGCUUUUGGCAGUGCGAGUGACGUAGAGGCCCGGGCAGUGAUCUGAUUUAGAUGUUUAAUGAAACCGUUGAUGGGUUCUUAGCUUGUUCUACGUGUGUUUGUGUUUGUAGGCGGCGUCAAGUGACAACUGGUCCAGGAGUGAGGUGAAGAGUGAUCUCUAUGUCCAGGUCGUUAUUUACGACCACAAAACACGGAGCACCACUCUGACCCCUUACCCCGCACAAUAACCCUACCCUACCCUAUGACCACUGUGAUCAGCCACAUGUGAUCACAGCCGAGGUGCUUCUCUCAUUGAAAACUAAUAAAAGUAAUUUUAGUUUAA